UGAUUGUCAUUGCGGCUGUUGCUCCCAGGUCGUAGACAUUCCGUGAGUGAAGGAGCACAUUGCAUACACUUACAUUCACUACAAUGUUGAAAGUUGGUUCUUAGUCACGGGGUUGAGAACACUUUGAGAGUGUAUAUAACGCACACUGGUAGGGAUAGGGAUGCACAGUCUAUGGUGGGGAGGAACGGAGGGCGAGUGGCUCCCUCUAGUGGGCAACUCGUGCCAGUCGAGCCGUGCGCCGCGUUCUAGUACGGAGUGUUUCCAUGUUGUGUCUCGAUAUUUUAUUGUUUAAAUGACUUUCCCGACGUGAUUAUGAGCCACGCGAAAAGUUUCACUGAGUGUAAACGGCCUUUUCUCGUGGCACGCGACCCACCAUUUAGUUUCGCGUCACGCAAGUGACUUCUUAUUUUUCACAUUUAAAAGUUUUCAGUACACGUUGUUUCAUUACAAGUUUCUUUUUGAGGUUAGAACCAACCGCUUUUAAAAUGAGUUUUCGUGUUUGUUGACAGCCCUUUUUUAAAGAAUCUUUUAUUUUCCUCCUGACAAUCUCUGGAGAUCUCUUUUUGUUCUUUCGUUUUGAUUUUAUCCGAACCGGCAUUCCAGCGACCAACGUUCGUCAGUGUCAUUCCUCCUGGAAAAUAGUAAUAUUAAGGGAGGAAAAAGGUGUAAACGUGAUUUAUGUGCGGUGACUGUUCGACAUCAUUUUCGCGUGGAAGUCACGUACUGUCUUCCCCAAUUUUCUCUGCAUCAUCGAUACUUGUGACAGGUGUCAUUUCCUAGUGCUGGUAUGUGUACGAUUUAUUGUCAAUGGGAAAAUUUUUCCAAUUUUCAAACUCGUUAUUUUUCUCCAGUGAAAAAUAUAAAUAAAAAUUUCUUCCAAUGUGAUUGUGAAUUUUAAACCGUUUUCUCGAGUCGAUAAAUGCCAAAAAUAACUGAUAGAUGUCCAAUUUUUAGACAAGAUUAUAUACAUACAGAAGAGGCCUAAAGCAAAGGACUGACUGUCUGUUCCAGGAAAAAGAGUAGAGUAACUUUCAAGGUCGAGUGGGCAACGACUGCGCUCAGCUGAGAACUUGUCUCGCCGCUCGUUGAUCAGUGAACACGACGAGGAGUUGGGAUUUCUUAAACUUGAAGCAAGAAUCGUGACCGUGUGACGUAUAUGUGAUCCUAUUAUUAUGCCUUGAGGGAGUUAUUCUGUGGUGUUUUUUGGAGUGCCGAGUGGAUGGUGACAUUUGAAAGACACCUAACGUAAAAGAAAGAGAAAAAUAGAGAACUAAAAUGACUAUUGCGAGUAAUAUUGUCGUGGAGUGGCUUAGGUCACUUCAUCUUGGUCAAUAUUCCGAGUCUUUUAUCGACAAUGGCUAUGACGACCUUGAAAUCUGUAAGCAGAUCGGCGAUCCUGAUUUGGACGCGAUUGGCGUCUUUAAUCAAGCCCACAGGGCUCGCCUUCUUCAUUCCGUGAAGACCUUGAGAGAAGAAGGAGCCGCGAGUGUUUAUUUUACUUUAGAAGAGACAAAUGAUUGUCUCUUUGACAAUGCCAGUUCCAAGUCCUCGAGAACGUCCUCGGAAAGACCAACAAGUGAUAAAGACAUUCAAAGGGCAUCACCGACAGCAAGCUCUUCCAGUGGAGGCCAGGAACUUACGAAAUUUGCCGACGAAUACGAGGAGGGUAAAGCUGAACUUGUCAGGAUUCCAAGGAUGCAACUUAGAAUGUUGCUACAGGAUAAACUUCGUAAGGAUGGGAUCAAGCUUGCUCAUCAGCCAUAUACAACACCGGUAAGUGCUGGAAAUUGUUUCGUCCAUUACUCAAGUUUGGCGUAAGUUAACAUUUUUAUGUGAAUUUUUUCAUUUUAAAAUUAUUUUUUGAUAUUGAAAAUAAAAUCUGAUCAGGAAGGGGCCUGUAGACAGCCUGAGUACUAUUUCCAAAAAAUUUAUAUUAAUGCCAUUUAUUUCGUAAAAAAGUCGAUUAAUUUAAAAAGCAGUAGUUUUUUUAAACCUGAACAAAGACGUGCAUCUAAAAAAUGUGAAACUAAA